AUGGCAUACAUAGCGCCAGUGCAUCUACCCACGAGCAUUCGCCAUGCGGUCCGACUCCAGUUCAGAUCGCCAGACCACGAAGAUUUGAUUGUCGCCGUCCCUAUUAGCAAGGCGAAUCGACUCGAGAUAUGGCGCGUCACACAAGAGGGCAUGACUUGCCUGCACACAAAAGUCGUUCACGGCACGAUAUGCAUGUUGCAGCGUUUACGGCCGAGAGAUGCCACCACAGAUCUCCUGUUUGUCGGCACCGAGCGGCUGCAAUACUUCAACGUAUCCUGGAACCCCAAAAGCAACGAAAUGGUUCUUACCAAUGAGACGAUUCACGACAUGGCCGAGCCGUAUAUGCGUGAAUCGCAAAGCCAGAACAAGUGCCUCGUGGACCCCACGGCCAAAUACAUGGUGAUGCAUCUUUGGGAAGGCGUGCUCAACAUAUUCCGGCUGCCAAACACUCCCCGUGCAUCCAAAAAGCUCAAAAAGAUGGAACAGAUUCGUCUUACAGAGCUGUGGAUGAAAGACAGUGCCUUCAUCCACAGUCGUACCGGCCACCCACGCAUCGCUUUUCUUUACAAGACACAGCUUGAUCAGGAGGAAGCUCGUGUCGCUGUAUAUAGGCUGACAACAGACGAUAAGGGCACCGAUGUCUCCAAAUUUGAUCCGCAUAAAGAUCGGGAGCUUGACCAAGUCAUUGCCGACCCAUAUGCGUCAAUGCUGAUUCCUGUCCCCGUUGCUGAAGAAAAGCGAUACCACGUUCGAAAUACAGAGGGCACAAGAGCACACUUGGGAGGUCUGCUGGUCGUCGGCGAGACUUUGUUAACAUACUUUGAUAGUUUGACAUACUCUAGCGUGUCGUCGGCGUUGGAUGAGCCGAAAAUAUACGUCGCCUGGGCCAUGUAUGACGAUACACACUACUUUCUCGCCGACGACUACGGACGCCUCGACUUGAUGACGCUAAAAACGUAUACAGAGCCAAAAGGAGUCAUUGUUACUGGCAUGACUGUCGAGCCUCUCAAAAUUUCAGAUUCCAGAGAGCUGAUUUCUCGAGCAUCGAAUCUUGUCUACAUGGGCGAUGGCAUGCUCUUCCUCGCCUCCCACCAUGGCAACUCGCAGCUUUUACGGAUCGAUCUCGACUCUCGGACCUUGUAUAUCAUCAAGAGUCUCUCUAACAACGGCCCAAUACUAGAUUUUGCGAUUAUGGACAUGGGCAACAGAGACGGUGACAACCACCAAGGCAACGUAUUUUCGUCUGGCCAAACCAGGAUUGUUGCUGGCUGCGGUGCCUACAGGGAUGGGUCACUGCGCAGCAUCCGAAGUGGCGUUGGGCUUGAAGAUUGCGUUAUACUCGACGAACUUGAGAACACGAGAGGACUAUUCAUGAUCAAGUCUCGCGGGUCGAGAUUGGUCGACGUACUGGUUGCUUCUUUUGUCACAGAAACCCGCAUCUUCCUGAUGUUGGAAGAUGAGGUCGAAGAAUUAUAUGACUGGUGUGGCUUGAAUCUCGAAGUUGAGACGCUGAUCGCGGCCACCUUGCCGGGAUAUGAUUUGCUUCAAGUAACGAGAACAGAUGUGGCGAUAUUCCAUUUCGACGAUCGCCCGGAGAUAGAUUCUUGGGUAAAGACGAAGUCAUGGGUAAACGAGAGUGAGGGAGAAAUUACUUCUGCCUCAUACAACGACAAAUGGGUAUUGCUCUGCAUAGACGGAACUACAAUUGUCUCAUUGAACAUCGAAAAGAAUCUAGAAGCUUGUGUGCAACGCUACCAAGGCACCGACCCGAGUCAGUCUGAUCAGGUAUCCUGUCUACAUGCUUCACCAGACGUGAUGGACUUUGGCGUCGUUGGAUGGUGGAACUCUGGCAAGAUUACAAUCGUGGAUCUUGCUACACUCAACGCCAAGCAUGGCGAAAACCUUCAGCAAACGAUGGAUGCCGCUUCAGUACCCCGCGAUAUUGCUCUAGUCCAGCUUCACCCGCCAGAUAUUUCGGGCCCAACCCUUCUGGUUGCGCUGGAGGAUGGUACGGUUACCAGCUUUGACGUCUCUGUUGAAAAUCUCGAAUUGUCUGGCAAAAAGACUGUCACGCUCGGGAGCAGCCCUGCGCGUCUACAUAUCCUGCCUGAACCCGACGACACUAGCGACGGUACAAGCAGCAUAUUUGCCACUACUGAACAUUCCAGUCUGAUAUACAGCUCCGAAGGCCGUCUGGUUUACUCGGCCACGACUGCCGAUAAUGCCACCUGUGUGGUGCCGUUUGACAGCUACGGUUUUCCUCAUUGCAUACUUGUCUCCACUGACAAGAACGUCCGUAUCUGCCGCGUCGAUAAAGAGCGUCUCACCCACGUCAAGUCACUACCAGUACAUGAGACCGUCCGACGUGUUGCGUACGCUCCCGGCGCAAAGGCGUUCGCUCUCGGGUGUAUAAAGAAGGAUCUCAUUCAAAACGCAGAAGUCAUCACAAGCUCCGUCAAGUUGGUCGACGAAAUCAUGUUCCAGGAGUUGGGCACUCCGCUCCCCCUUGCCGCUUCUAGCACACUCGAGAUGGUUGAAAGUGUUAUCCGCGCUGAACUUCCUGAUCCCACUGGUGCUCUUGUUGAACGCUUCGUCGUGGGAACGAGCUUUGUCAAUGACGCAGAGGUUGGCGAAGCCGGUGAGACACGUGGUCGCAUACUCGUCCUGGGAGUAGAUGAGAAACGCCAGCUGUACACGAUUGUGUCUCAUAAUCUUAAAGGCGCAUGCCGCUGCUUGGGUAUCCUAGAUGAGUACAUUGUGGCUUGUCUUGCCAAGACUGUCGUCGUCUACAGCUAUACGGAAGAAAAUAGCACGGAGGGCUACCUGCAAAAGCUUGCAGCAUAUCGCCCAGCUUCUUUUCCAGUGGCACUCGACAUCUCCGGAAACAUGAUUGGUGUUGCUGACAUUAUGCAAUCGUUAUCCUUGGUGGAAUUUACACCGCCAAAGGAUGGAGAGCCUGGCAAACUCGAGGAAAAGGCUAGGCACUUCCAGUCGGCGUGGGCUACUUCUGUAUGCCAUCUGGGUGGUGAACGGUGGUUGGAGACGGAUGCUCAGGGCAACAUCAUUGUGCUGGCUCGGAACCCAGACGCACCAACUGAGCAUGACCGUAGCCGUCUCGAAAUCACCAGCGAGAUGAAUCUUGGCGAGCAAAUCAACAAGAUUCAAAGACUGAAUGUAGCACCAGCAGACAAUGUCGUCGUAUCGCCAAAGGCGUUCCUUGCUUCGAUUGAGGGCACGCUAUAUCUCUACGGCGAUAUCGCACCAAAGUACCAAGACCUGCUCAUUACCCUUCAGACAACCAUAGAGAAGUAUGUCAAGACGACUGGAGGCAUAAGUUUCGACGCAUGGAGGGCUUUCCGCAACCAGGCUCGAGAAGCAGAUGGUCCAUUCCGAUUUGUUGAUGGCGAAAUGGUGGAAAGAUUUCUCGACCUGCGUAAGCAAACCCAGGCUGCGCUCUGCCAGGAUCUGGGUCUCAACGUGGAAGACGUGCGGAACAUGAUUGAGGAAUUGCGCAGGAUGCAUUAA